CUGUUAAUAAAAUACGGUCCUUCAAUAAAUUUCACUACUGCGGCUGCAUUCAGCGAUUCCAAUACGAAUUCACAGUAUUUCCUGUGUCCCAGUCGGUGUCAAUGCUACACAGAUCCAGUGGAUAAUACUAAGUCGAUGCAUUUAAUCUGUAAAUGGGAACAUUUGAAUUCGUCGGCAUACUUGGAGACUAUCAGAGCACUCGAUCCAAUCAGAACGUUAACAAUUCGUUGUCCGCAUGGCUCUCGAACCGUAUCACAGCCAUCCGUUCAUUUAUUUAGACACUUAAAAAAUUUGGAUCGACUCGAAAUUGAUCGUUGUCAGAUUGAAUCACUUCCGAAUGACUUAUUUAAGGGGAUGACACAAUUAUACAGUCUGAUAAUACGAAGUGCUUCAUUGGAAGAUCUACCUCGCGAUAUUUUCGCUGAUUUAAAAAAUUUGAUGACAUUAGACUUGACCAAUAAUAAUUUGCAUAUCGAACCAUACGCGCUCAGCGUGCUAACAUCAUUGCGACGGUUGGAUUUAUCUGGAAAUCAGUUGGAUUUUAUUUCGGGAGUUGGAACAGUCAAUAUACUGCCAGCAAGUUUAUGGAGUAUUGACUUAACCAGUAAUCGUUUACGGUAUAUUCAAGAUGGAGCUUUUGCAAAUAUGCUUAAACUAACGAUGUUGGAUCUAAGGAAUAAUUCGUUGACUGAACUACGAGAAGCGAGUGUGAGUGCAAAUGAACGUAAGCAUCGGUUACGAGUAAUGCUGUCGGGAAAUCCUCUGGAAUGUGUUUGUUCACUUCGUUGGAUUGUUCAUGCGGCCACAAAGACUUCUCCGAUGGUAUUGGAUUUGACGGAUUUGUAUUGUUCACAUCUCUUGUCACAUCAUAAUCAUACACUGCUGCUGUUAACGGAUGCAGACCGUCACGGUGAUCUGCUGUGCAAAUACGAGUCUUCAUGUGCUGAGCAGUGUGCAUGUUGUUUUCAUCAGCACUCAUGCUUCUGUCGGAGUGUUUGUCCGAUUGGAUGCACUUGCUGGCAUAGUGCAGCGCCGCAUGUCAAUCGUAUGGGUAAAAAUAUUGUCGAAUGCAAUAACGUUCGAUUGGAUCGUUUAAGCGAAAUUCCCGAGAGUGUCACAGAGUUACGCUUUUUGAACAGUCACUGGAAACAAUGGUCACCCGGCGAUAUUGGUCCAAGACGUUUUUUGCGCAUAUUGAACGUAACAAAUUGUAAUCUACGUUCACUGGGCAAGAACUUUUUGGAUGGUUUCCCUCGUUUACGUCAAUUGGAUCUAUCGUCGAAUCACAUUCAGACAUUUCCGUACACACAAUUGGAUGCAGUUGCGGAUUUGGAGAAAUUAUUUUUGAGCGAUAAUGAGCUAACGGAAUUCUCAGAACAAGCGUUGAAGCGUUUCGAUUCCAUUGCGAAUUUGAAAUUUGGUGGUACAACGAAUAAAUUCAAAUGCGAUUGCACACAUCCAUCUGCUUUGCAAAAAUGGUUAUUUGGCGCGAAAGAGUUUACAAGAAUUUGCCCAUUUUCAUCAAAAAAACAUCAACAUCACAAUGAGACAAACAACGAGAAAACAGCAUCAUCAACAACUCAAAUAAAAGAUAUCGCAACUCAUUCGACAAAAUCAGCUGAAUCUCAUGAGCAGUUAUCGGAAGCCAGUGCUGUCACUAAGACAACAACGUUUCUACCACUGACAAUACCAGUUCGAGUAACUACUACGAAACGACGUCGUAUUUUGGCCACUGCUGUGGCUUCUAAAGCACAUUUAAGUAACACAGGAUCUGGUAAUCGAGUUUCAAGUUCUAGCGAUGCUAGCGAUUAUGUUGAAGACAGUUUCAUUGAUAUGAAUUUUUUAUUCAGCUACAUAAUGUUCUUCUUGGUCCUGCUACUCGUUUGUCUACUAUUCACAAUUGGUGCAACUAUUUAUUUCAGGUACUGCUAUAUGGAGAAGAGAUCAAAGCAUUAUUUUCAUAAAGAAUCGACCAUGGUAAAUACUUCACUAGCUUCUUCAACUUCAAAACAACAUCAUUCACAUGCUCAACAGCCGCAACAACAACAACAACAACUGCAAAAGCAGUCUAUGGAUGAAUUCAGUUCUGAACAGCGACAACCAUUGAGUAAUGGUUUACAACUGAUUAUUGUUCUUCUUUGA